GACAUUGACAACCGAGUGACCGUUUUUUUAAAUAAAUUGAAUUUCGUCCGGCUACAACUCCAGUUUUUACCAUUAUGAAAGAGUUUAUAAACAGUGAAGAAGUGAAGAUGCCUUUGAGCGAUUACAUCCAGUCGUUAACCACUUACGUCUCUUGCAUAAAGAUUAACAAUGUUCCAAUUUUACCACCUCUGAUAACUCAGAAUAAACGCAAAGAGAUUAUCUCUUAUAGAAAGCAAGCAAUUAAAGUGGAGAGUCGGAUCAAGAAGGAGAGGGAAUUGAAGGCUAUGAUACAUCACUACAGUGAUCUAUUGGAUAAGCAGCAAUCAUCAACAAAUCUGCAUGAAUUAGAUGAUGAAGUCAUCGAGAGUAGGCAGCCAAAAUUAACAUGCAACAUACAAUCAUCAGAAUUUGUCAAUGACAAAUUUGUUGCUCUUCAGACUGAUGAGGAGUUACCACCCACACCAAAAUUGAUCAGAAGCAACUCUUACAUAUUGGAAACACCUAGUCCUGCCCUGAUUGAGCAUUUGAAGCAAAAUGAGGAUAGACAGAGAGCUGCAUCUUCAGAUUUGAAAGAUGAUUUGGAGAUGAACGUGUCCAAAGAUUACGAUUUGGACACGUCCUGCACGGAAACGGAAUUGAAGAACUUGUCGGAUCAGGAAAGUCAGUUUAAUGUUACCGAGAACAAUUUGAAACAGUUCAUCGAUAACAACGUGCCAAUCGAAGAAUUGAACGUAUCGAAUGUUACGUAUAUAUCCGAACCUGUACCGAAGCCGGCGUAUGAUUCAAAAUUGGAGAAUAUCUUGAAAAGCAUACCUCAGGAGUAUUCUAAGAAAAUAUACGAGAUUCUCGAGAAGCAGAGCAAUCGCAGUAGGACGAAUUCCGUGAAUUCGGCGGAUUUCAACGAACUUCAGGAGAACGCGGAGAAGUUCUCUACACCUAUUAGUGGAUCAGAUGAGCAUUCCACUUUUUUCUAUAGUGCUUUCGAGAAGGGGGAUACUGAAAUUUACGAAUUGACUGAAGAAAAAAAGAUGGAGAAAGCUGCUUAUAUAAUAACAGCCGCUGCUAAAGGAUUUCUUGUAAGAAGGCUGUUUCGCACGGAGAGAGUGCAGGAUCUCAUAAAUACCAUCCAGGAUGCGUUGGUUUGCGCCGUCCAGCUACACUCUGAGAACGUAGACGAUAUUAACGAAUCCGAUGUAGAACUCCAUAGAAGGCUCAUACAACAGGUUUCUGCUGGUUGCUACGCUUUUCACGACAUGUUCUUCAACACCAGCAUACGUGAGAAGAUGUACUGCAUUGCAUCGGAUAGGGAAAAGAAGAGGGAAAAAGCGAGUAGACCUGUAUCUGCUGCAAAGUCCACGCCGCGCAGUGCAUCGUCCAGAAAAUCAAAAUAGGUUUGUUCAACGCAGAUCGCGAUGCUGUGCCUUGAAGUGUUCCCCAAAUACAAUCUCCAUUCGAUCAAUUCCGAAGAUCUUUUUUUCAUCGAGGAUGGGUAUUGUUUAGAAUGGAUCAUGAUUAUUGUGAUAUUUUAUUGAAAUGAAGACUCUUUAUUAUGUUUUGAUAACGAAAAUUUGUUGGUGAUAAUAAGCUUUUUUUCGAAUAAAUAAACGAACAGAACUGAUAACGCUUUUAUUGCCGUCGCAAUUUGCAGUAGACUCAAUAUUUAUUUUAUCUAUAUAAGUAUUUUGAAUAAGUGUUAUUAGAAUGUAAUCAUAACUAGUACGUAUGUCAAUGUAUGUGUGUGUGUGAGAGAGAGAGAAAGAAUAUGUUUUGUGUGUGCUUAGAAUUAAUUAAAGUAUGGCAUAAAGUAGUAAUAAGAAUAUAUUAAGCUUCAAUAAAACGUAACCAAAAUUUUCUUGAAUAUUUACACCACCGUACAAAUUAUAUUCGAUUAUAUACAAAAUACAUUGAAAUGGAAAAUCACAUGACUUUUGCACACGUUAUUUUUUUGUUUUUUUUUUUCGAAUAAUCAUCAUCACCUAAAACUAACUCUUCUUCAAAUUAAAUUGUUUAUUUAUCUUUAAUAUUAUUUUAUAGUAUAAAAAGAAUAGAACAGAUAAUAAAAGAGAGAGAGUGAGUGAGAGUAAGAGAGAAUGUAGACGAAAGAAGUCCAAUAACAAUUCAUAACAUCAUCUUCCAGAAGGCACGUAAAAUUCAAUAUAACUAUAUUUCUCGACAAGACGUGUAUUAUUAAUUAUUAGCUCCGUUGGAACGGA